CGCUACUGGACGCCGGACCGACGUAGGGAAGACGCGGAAACGAUCAGGUACAUCCGAUGUCUGGUGCAGACUUGUGAGACCAUCAAGCCGUGGAUCGCGAAUGAUAACCAAAAAUCUUCAGGACUUCMGACCCGAACCAAGGUAACGAUGGACCAGUUGCCGAGAGUAAUGCAAAAGAUACUAGGAAACAAGAUUCGGAGCAACAGGGACCAUAAGUUCGUCAACUACUGGACGCCCAGCGAUUUUGUCAAAAGCUGUUUGUUUUGGCACAACUUCUACAGGCACUUUCAUAGGUCGACAGAGUUGGUCUUGAGUCCACACUUAUGCGAAGAAGCGCAGAACUGGGCCAAUCAUUUAGCACACACAGAGACGUUUGCUUAUCAGAACAAAAUUAAUUACGGACAGAAUCUGUUCUGCCGGAAACCGACGAACACCGAAAUCGAAGGAAAGGACGUAGUCCGUGAAUGGUAUUCGACUUCGAGAAUUUACAAACCGAGAAAGAACCCAAAAUUGUACUCGGCCAACAUAAAUUCAGGUCCUUUCACCCAACUCGUGUGGUCAAACACCAAAGAGUUGGGCGUCGGAAAAGCGUGCAGCCGGUCUGGUCGGAUAAUCGUAGUGGCCAAUUACCUGCCGAAAGGAAACGUCAACGGUCAGUACGCCAAUAACGUACAUAUGAACCAAUACUUUUUGCCAGCCAAUAAGAAGAAAUUAGAAUUCAUYACAAGACAAGGAGAAUAGAGACGCGACACCGACUCCGACAAACUAUAUAUUAUAAUAAUAUAUAUUAUGCUCAAAUACCAUUUAAAUGUCACGAAAAAAUUAUAUAUUGUAUUAUUAUAAACAUCAUCGCACUUUGUUCGAAUAUAUUUUAACCACAAUGUAAUUUUAUGGUUUCGUGAGUUUUCGCAGUAAAUUAUCACCACCUUUUUUUAAAUUUUUUAAAUUUUUUUUAUGACUGACUAUUGUUAUUGACCUAUGACGUAGUUCCAAUCAAUCGGAGGACCYGACACGGUAUUACUUCAUAAUCGACACAAUAUAUUAUAAUAAUAUUAUACGACUGAUCGAUACGUAUUGAUUAUAUUACAUUACUGUUUAUGUUGUAUA